AUUUCCCUUUGCCUCUCUUUCGGGAACGAGAGAGGUGGAGGGAGGCAACGAGGUUGCAAAGGAGAGGGCCGCCAAAUCGGCCCGCCUGCAAAGUGUUGCUUUGACACAUCCUUGUUAUGGAAGUUUAGUGAAAAAACUCUGGACGUGGAGCUGCUACCCAGACGGAGACCGGGGGAAAGGAAACCAGUGGGCAGGCCAAUGUUUUUUUUCGGCAGCGCGCUGGCAAGUUUGUGGAACACUUUCUAGGAAUUAGGUCUUUUUCCUCUCCCGUCAUCUUCUUGACUUCUGAAGAACGAACUUGGCUUUGGAUUGCCAUGAAGCCUGAGGAGAGGGGGUUAGACACACUUGAAUAAUCCCUCCGGCUGGGCUGAAUUCGUGGGAAUUUAGGAAGCCACAGUGAGGAAAUACAGCAGCCUUGGGAGUGCUCUCUGUUAAUUUGGAUGGAUCUAAAUGUGCCCCAUUCAAGACCUCUCCACUAACCCCUUCUGAUCUUGCCAUUUGCUCUUCUUGACUUAAUUAGCAGCUAGAAAAGUCUAAACUUUGGACCUACCUCUUUUUUUGAUACUUAUUUUUGUACUUUUGCUCUCUGGGAUUGGUUUCUUAAACAAUCUGGAUCCUUUUUAAUAUGUCAAAAUGAGUCGGCUGAUGUUUACACAACUACUGCUCUGUGGAUUUUUAUAUGUUCGGGUUGAUGGAUCUCGUCUUCGCCAGGAAGACUUUCCCCCGAGGAUUGUGGAGCACCCUUCCGAUGUCAUUGUCUCUAAGGGAGAGCCCACCACGUUGAACUGCAAGGCCGAGGGCCGGCCAACGCCCACCAUUGAGUGGUACAAGGAUGGCGAGCGGGUGGAGACUGACAAGGAUGAUCCCCGGUCCCACAGGAUGCUUCUGCCCAGCGGUUCCUUAUUCUUCUUGCGCAUUGUGCAUGGGCGCAGAAGUAAACCUGAUGAAGGAAGCUACGUGUGUGUUGCAAGGAACUAUCUUGGUGAAGCAGUGAGUCGAAAUGCAUCUCUGGAAGUGGCAUUGUUACGAGAUGACUUCCGGCAAAAUCCCACAGAUGUUGUAGUGGCAGCCGGAGAGCCUGCAAUCCUGGAGUGCCAACCUCCCCGGGGACACCCAGAACCCACCAUCUACUGGAAAAAAGAUAAAAUUCGAAUUGAUGACAAGGAAGAAAGAAUAAGUAUCCGUGGUGGAAAACUAAUGAUCUCCAAUACCAGGAAAAGUGAUGCAGGGAUGUAUACCUGUGUUGGCACCAAUAUGGUGGGAGAAAGAGACAGUGAUCCAGCAGAGCUGACUGUCUUUGAACGACCCGCAUUUCUCAGGAGGCCAAUUAACCAGGUGGUGCUGGAGGAAGAAGCUGUAGAGUUUCGUUGUCAGGUCCAAGGAGAUCCUCAACCAACUGUGCGGUGGAAAAAGGAUGACGCAGACUUGCCAAGAGGAAGGUAUGACAUCAGAGAUGAUUACACACUGAGAAUUAAAAAGGCCAUGAGUACAGAUGAAGGCACAUAUAUGUGUAUUGCUGAGAAUCGGGUUGGAAAGGUGGAAGCUUCUGCUACCCUCACAGUCCGAGCUCGCCCUGUUGCUCCUCCACAGUUUGUGGUUAGGCCAAGAGAUCAGAUUGUUGCUCAAGGUCGUACAGUGACAUUUCCCUGUGAAACUAAAGGAAACCCACAGCCAGCAGUUUUUUGGCAAAAAGAAGGCAGCCAGAACCUGCUUUUCCCAAAUCAACCCCAACAGGCCAACAGCAGAUGUUCUGUGUCGCCAGCCGGGGACCUUACAAUUACCGACACUCAGCGCUCGGACGCGGGUUACUACAUCUGCCAGGCCCUAACAGUGGCAGGAAGCAUUUUAGCAAAAGCUCAGCUGGAAGUUACUGAUGUUUUGACAGAUAGACCUCCACCUAUAAUUCUACAAGGCCCAGCCAACCAAACGCUAGCAGUAGAUGGUACAGCAUUACUGAAAUGUAAAGCUACUGGUGACCCUCUUCCUGUAAUUAGCUGGCUAAAGGAGGGAUUUACUUUUCUGGGUAGAGAUCCAAGAGCUACUAUACAAGAACAAGGAACCUUGCAGAUUAAGAAUUUACGCAUUUCUGAUACUGGCACUUAUACUUGUGUGGCUACAAGUUCAAGUGGGGAGACUUCCUGGAGUGCUGUGCUGGAUGUGACAGAGUCUGGAGCAACAAUCAGUAAAAAUUAUGAUUUUAAUGACCUGCCUGGACCACCAUCCAAACCACAGGUCACUGAUGUUACUAAGAACAGUGUCACCUUGUCCUGGCAACCAGGUACCCCUGGAACCCUACCAGCAAGUGCAUAUAUCAUUGAGGCUUUCAGCCAAUCAGUGAGCAAUAGCUGGCAGACAGUGGCAAACCACGUAAAGACCACCCUCUAUACAGUGAGAGGACUGCGGCCCAAUACAAUCUAUUUAUUCAUGGUGAGAGCCAUCAACCCUCAAGGUCUCAGUGACCCAAGUGCUAUGUCAGAUCCUGUGCGCACACAAGAUAUCAGCCCACCAGCACAGGGAGUGGACCACAGACAAGUCCAGAAAGAACUCGGCGACGUCCUUGUCCAUCUUCAUACUCCGGUUGUAUUGACUCCCACCACUGUUCAAGUCACAUGGACGGUUGAUCGCCAACCCCAGUUUAUUCAAGGCUACCGAGUGAUGUACCGUCAGACUUCAGGCCUGCAGGCUACAUCAACGUGGCAGAAUUUAGAUGCUAAAGUCCCGACUGAGCGAAGUGCUGUCUUAGUCAAUCUGAAAAAGGGGGUGACUUAUGAAAUUAAAGUUCGACCAUAUUUUAAUGAGUUCCAAGGAAUGGACAGUGAGUCUAAAACAGUUCGUACUACUGAAGAAGCCCCAAGUGCCCCACCACAGUCUGUCACUGUGCUGACUGUUGGAAGCCACAAUAGCACAAGUAUUAGUGUUUCCUGGGAUCCUCCUCCCCCUGACCAUCAGAAUGGAAUUAUCCAAGAAUACAAGAUCUGGUGUCUGGGGAAUGAAACACGAUUCCACAUCAACAAAACUGUGGAUGCAGCCAUUCGAUCUGUAAUAAUCGGUGGAUUAUUCCCAGGGAUUCAAUACCGGGUAGAGGUUGCAGCUAGUACCAGUGCAGGAGUUGGAGUAAAAAGUGAGCCACAGCCAAUAAUAAUUGGGGGAAGGAAUGAAGUUGUCAUUACUGAAAACAAUAACAGCAUAACUGAGCAAAUCACUGAUGUUGUGAAGCAACCAGCUUUUAUAGCUGGUAUUGGUGGUGCCUGCUGGGUAAUUCUGAUGGGUUUUAGCAUCUGGUUGUAUUGGCGAAGAAAGAAGAGAAAGGGACUCAGUAAUUAUGCUGUUACAUUUCAAAGAGGAGAUGGAGGACUAAUGAGCAAUGGAAGCCGCCCAGGUCUUCUAAAUGCUGGUGAUCCCAGUUAUCCAUGGCUUGCUGAUUCAUGGCCAGCCACGAGCUUGCCAGUAAACAACAGCAAUAGUGGCCCAAAUGAGAUUGCGAAUUUUGGGCGCGGAGAUGUGCUGCCACCAGUUCCAGGCCAAGGGGAUAAAACGGCAACGAUGCUCUCAGAUGGAGCCAUUUAUAGCAGCAUUGACUUCACGACCAAAACCACUUACAACAGUUCCAGCCAAAUAACACAGGCUACUCCAUAUGCCACUACACAGAUAUUGCAUUCCAAUAGCAUACAUGAAUUGGCUGUUGAUCUGCCCGAUCCACAGUGGAAAAGCUCAAUUCAGCAAAAAACAGAUCUGAUGGGAUUUGGUUAUUCUCUACCUGAUCAGAACAAAGGUAACAAUGCCUUACUUUACAUCCCUGACUACCGAUUGGCUGAGGGAUUGUCUAAUAGAAUGCCACACAACCAGUCACAGGAUUUCAGCACCACCAGCUCUCACAACAGCUCAGAGAGGAGUGGCAGUCUCUCAGGUGGGAAAGGUGGAAAAAAGAAGAAAAAUAAAAACUCUUCUAAAGCACAGAAAAACAAUGGAUCAACCUGGGCCAAUGUUCCGCUACCUCCUCCCCCAGUCCAGCCCCUUCCUGGUACAGAGCUGGAACACUAUGCAGUGGAACUGCAAGAAAAUGGCUAUGACAGUGAUAGCUGGUGCCCACCAUUACCAGUACAAACUUAUUUACACCAGGGUAUGGAAGAUGAACUGGAAGAAGAUGAUGAUCGUGUCCCAACACCUCCUGUCCGAGGCGUGGCUUCUUCCCCUGCCAUUUCCUUUGGACAGCAGUCCACUGCAACUCUAACUCCCUCCCCACGGGAAGAGAUGCAGCCCAUGCUGCAGGCUCACCUGGAUGAGUUGACAAGGGCCUAUCAGUUUGAUAUAGCAAAGCAAACAUGGCAUGUUCAAAGCAAUAAUCAACCUCCGCAGCCCCCAGUUCCACCAUUAGGUUACAUGUCCGGAGCUUUGAUUUCCGAUUUGGAAACAGAUGUUCCAGAUGAUGAUGCUGAUGAUGAAGAGGAAGCUUUAGAAAUCCCCAGGCCCCUGAGAGCACUAGAACAGACCCCCGGAUCCAGUACGGACAAUCUAGACAGCUCUGUGACAGGCAAAGCCUUUACCUCCUCUCAAAGACCUCGACCAACCAGCCCAUUUUCUACUGACAGUAACACCAGUGCAGCCAUGAGUCAAAGUCAGAGGCCUCGGCCCACUAAAAAACACAAGGGAGGGCGAGUGGACCCACAACCAGCAUUGCCUCACCGAAGGGAAGGAAUGACAGAUGAUCUUCCACCACCACCAGAUCCCCCUCCCGGUCAGGGUUUAAGGCAGCAAAUAGGCCUGAGCCAGCAUGCUGGUAACGUGGAAAACUCAACAGAGAGAAAAGGAAGCUCUCUGGAGAGACAGCAAGCAUCCAACUUAGAAGACACAAAGAGCUCUUUGGAUUGUCCAGCUAAAACAUCCCUAGAGUGGCAGCGACAAACCCAGGAAUGGAUAAACUCCACAGAACGCCAAGAAGACAUACGGAAAGCCCUCCACAAACAAGGUGUUGGACCAGAGGAGACCUUGGUGCCCUACAGCAAGCCCAGUUUCCCAUCUCCAGGGGGUCACAGCUCAUCAGGAACGGCUUCUUCUAAGGGAUCCACUGGACCUAGGAAAGCCGAGGCAUUGAGGGGAAGCCACCAGCGCAAUGCCAGCGACCUUCUUGACAUAGGAUAUAUGGGCUCAAAUAGUCAAGGACAGUUUACAGGUGAAUUAUAGUAACUGAGAGGAGACAUGCAAAGCUGCUCUGAAGGACCAUCAGGUCUGAACUCAUGGAAGUGAUGACACUAAACAGUGCAAUGAACAAUUUCUAUUUAUGUACUAUUAAAAGAACUGUAAAUGCAAUGUAAAGACACACAGCCACACAUAUCCCACAGAUAUUUUACUUGUGUUCUUCUCUUAAGUACACCACCCACCUUAACUCUUUCUUGUCAGGAGUAUAUAAAAAAAGAAAGAAAACAAAGCUCGCCCUCCAGGAAGAAAAGGAUUUUCCUCUGUAUAUAAUUUCUUUUGUGCAUUGCUAUGCAAGCUCACUCUUUUUAGCUCUGUUCAUAUUAUUGUCCGUUCUUAUUGGUCUGUUGUACUAUAUGUGAAUUAAUAGGCUGUGGUGCCGUAUAUUAACUUUUAAUUGUGUAACUUUUAUGUUUAAAUUUUGCACUGCAAUUUUAUUUGGUGAUAAGCACAAAUCUCUACUCCUCGUGACAUGAAGAAAAAGACUGAAUGUGAAGGGAGUUUCUGUACUGUAAGCUAGGUUGGAUAAUGCUGGUUGUAACCGAUCAUGUUAGGGGGGUUUCAGUUGGGGUGUAGAAAUAGGAAAGAUGCAAAGGAACAGUGGUGUUGGCGAAGUCUUCUUGGAACAUCAGCGACUGAGUCAAUAAAAAAAAAGCAGAAAGGUGGCUUUUACUAUUGACAAAAGCAGGGGUCAAAAGAAGGAAGUUGAAGUCUUAAGACUGAAUAGGCGUUAAAAAAUACAGGUAGCAAUGAUGUACUAAACUUGCUUAAAAAAAAAAUUAAAGUUAUAUUUAGAAUCAGCUUUACCUGUCAUUGUAAUUGACCCAUUUGAGAACUACAACAAGCAAGAGGAAAUUAAGGUGUUUCACAAGAGCUGUAUUUAUAUUACAGUUUUUUUAAAAAAGCAUUUUCUGAAUUACCAUAACUAAUCUCUCCAAUUCAUUAAGUCAGAAUAUAAUAUGAAGUUCCCCAAGGAAACAAACAAAAUGAACUCUAGAGUAUCUAGCAAAUAGUUAAAGAAGCAAUUUAUUAUUAGGACAUACUCGAGCUGCUUCCAAAUACAAAAACUCUAUUGCAAUAUCUUGUUUCAUCUUUUUAAUACAUGUACAGUACACACUAGAGGAUAGAGCUGCAUCACUUAAAUUCAUGAUUUUUUAAAAAUAAUGCAGUCUAUAUACAAUUUUGUGUUUUAUUUGAUUAAGAAGUGAAGUUAUGCCACCAAAUAUAUAGCCAAAUUGUAAGUGCUUAAAAAGCAGUGCUCAGAGUAUGUUCAGUUCACAGUAAGUAGAGUUAUUGGAAUAAAUAUUUUAUGGUACAUUCUCAAAAAUUGGCUACCAACUAAAAUAUGUUUGACCCAUUUUGAAUGAGUAAAUCGAAAAGAAAAAUUCUAAAGAAGAAAAAUGCAUGUUUAUACACUUUUUAAAUAAACCAAACCUCGUAAGUGGA